AUGGAUCGAUUGACAGACGUGUCUAGAUAUGCCAAUGUCGACACCGGCAAUAUGAUUCGAUGCUCGGAUUGCGGCACCAAGAAGAUGAUCAGCCGGUUUUCAAAUACACAGAUCAAUAAGUACAAAGCUGCUCUCGUGAAUUCCAGACGAAACACCAAGGACCCACCCCUUCCGAGGUGCAUAGCAUGUACGGCUGGAAGCGUGGUGGAAUUGCAUUGUACAUGGUGUGGCAUCUCGAAACCUGUCGCUGAGUUUAGUGCCCGACACCGAAGCAACCCGGACGAAGCGAAAUGCACCAGUUGCCAACAAGAAAAUGAUGAUCGUGAACCAGACCUGGAAGCAGCCGCCCAAGAAGAAGUUAUACUUGACGAGUAUAACAUGCACAAAGGAGCAAUUUCCAACAUGUCUAGUGUUGCUUCAGCUCUACCGAGUCUCAGUGGCAGGGCAUCAGAAAUGGGCUCUACCGCACCGUCUGGCAUGUAUCAACAUUCGGACAAGGGAUUUGGAGGUGCUACAGGCUUCCGGCCUCCAUCGCCAACACCUUCCAACGCCACCAGUCAAUUCUUAGCAGCAUCCACAGCCGGAUAUUCCGCUGGAGCCCCCGGAUCGGUGGUGUCUCAAGGCGGAGCCAGCAGUAGAUUUGUGAAGCAGGGCGCCUGGAGACCUCCAGUCAUUGAUAAGGUUGUCAAGCGGUCCGCGCGUGAUGAGAAACAACAAAAACUUACCCAAGUCCCAACAUCCGCGACGCAUCAUGACGGGGACAAGGACAGUGAUGACGAUGAAUGGGAGCUUUGA